UUUGAUUUCUCUGCGUGGUUGGAACGAAAAGAUCCGGGACAUCGAUGGCAAAUUGAGCCCGUCGAAGGUGGCCUCGUCAACGUCGUCGUGCGUGCUACACAUACAUCGCAAGGAUCGUCAUCGGGAGCGAAGUCAGCGUUUGCGCCCCGGGAGACGCUCAUCUUGAAGUACGCGCCGCCUUUCGUCGCUGCCCUCGGACCCGCCGUCCCCUUCUCCGAGUUCCGCCAGGCGCUGGGCACCGAGCUUGGCACGUUCUUCGCGCACCUGCACACGACCGCGGAGCUCGCGGACGAUCCGAGGAGCUUCGAGAGCCCCGACUCGCAGAAGAUGAUAUCGAGCCAGAUCGUGGAGAGCAUCCAGGAGCACCUGUCGCAGUGGGGCGUGGAGGACGCAAUCGAGCUGGCGGCGGUCAUCCGGGAGGCGUACGUGUCGCUGAGCGUUCCUCAGGAUCGGCUCGUGUUCCAGGUCGGGGACCUGUGGCCGGGCAGUGUGAUGGUGUCCAACGAUGGGAAGAGGAGCGCGGUUAUAGAUUGGGAGUUUGCGGGCCCAGGGCGACCUCUGGGUGGCAUGGCGCAACUG